GUGUGUAUGUCCUGGACAAAAUUGAAUUUAAGACUGCAUUUAACAAGGUUUGUUUUCCUUCUUUUAGACUUCCCGUGUGAGGCGUUCGCCGAAAGGUGUUGCCACAAGGCGUAGAGGAGGAAAGCGGCAGGUGCUGGCAACACCUUCACCUGCCCGUGUCACCAUGCCUGCCUCCGGGCCCAGACCAGCGGUGCAGCAGGUGGAGACGACAGCCCAGGAGUCGUCCAGCGUGGUGCCAGGGGUGGUCGUCGUCCGGGAGGAGGUCGCCGCAGCGUGCCCAGCUGUCCCGGAGGUGGAGGCGACAGUCCAGGAGUCGGCCAGCGAGGUGCCGGGAGUGGUCGUCGGUCAGGAGGAGGUCGCCGCAUCGUGCCCUGCUGUCCCAGAGGAGCGACAGAAGAUCGACAAAGCUAAGGCUGUUUUUGUUCCUUCUGUUUGUGUUAGUGAUGUUAAGUCAGAGUCUAGCGCUAAUGCUGUGGCAACAGGGUCUAACAUAGAUAGCAGCAGGAUUAGGCUAGCUAAAGUUGUGCGCGGGUCGUUUCAUCAGGGAAAUGCCCGAUUUGUGUAUGGAGGUGUGCAGUGUAUGGCUAUAGCUUUGGUCAGCUUAGCCAAACACACAGUGAGGAGCGCGUUCUCGUGGGACAGGCUGGAUCUGGAUCGCGCGUUGGUUGAAGGUGAUGAGUUGUACACGAGUUUGCGUGACCUCAACAUCUUUAGCCAUGUGUCUAAUCUGCUGUCUGUGCCAGAUUUGCCACAACAGCUGGAAUUAGACGGACAGUUGUUUAGGUUCAGUUUUGGUGACACGGUGUUAGGCGAAGUAGGCGUGACCGAAGGUGAAUACAUCGAUUUCGGUGUAUUCAUCAGCUUGCGGAAUGGACUGGAGCGGAUCUUCAGUCAAUACACCACAUGUCUUUUGACAAUGUGCGGAAACACCACUGCCAUCGUGCGUGAGGGUGGACGGUUCGCUGUGGUCGACAGUCACUCACGCAGUAACACUGGCUUGUUACACCACAACGGUACAAGCGUGGUUCUGCAUUUCGCGUGUCUCGACGACCUGCACCACUACAUCUGUCGUUUGGCCGACAGUCUCCGUUCGAGGGAGAAGCUCUUUGAGCUGUGUGGUGUUACGGUCAGCACGGAUGCAAGUCCAGCGCGGUCUGGUGUGUCUGUGGAGAGUCUCGUCACUGGGAUGAGCGCUGCUCCAGCACCAGAGUCUAGUGUGCUCACUGAGGCUGGGAGAAAAAGUGAGGUGUCUGCAGGCAGUUGUGUGCCUGAGUGUGGUGUCAGCAUUGCCGCAAGUCCGGCACUGUCUGGCAUUUCUGUUUUUAGUUUCUCCAGCGAGGUGAGCAGCGGUUCAGCGGUAGAACCAACGGUGAUCGAUGGCAGAAAGCGUGUCAUUUCUUCUGACACUUGUAUGUCGAAGAAAUCCAAGAGUUUCGAUGUCCGAGAGGUCAAUUUGGAUGUCGAAUUUGUUAGCGAGGUGAGAAGCGAAGAGCUGGUCUUCCAUCCCCUCGGCUUAGAUGUUUGUCGUGCUUUAUGCACAAAGUUGAACGUUGAUUGCGUUAAGGUUGUUAGUCCGGUAGCCACAGAGGAGGGGUUGUUAGGUGUUCCUUGUAGCAAAGAGAGGAUUGUGGCCGAUGGGAACUGCUUCUUCAGAGCCAUCUCUCAGGCGGUGAGUGGUUCUCAGAAGCACCAUCGUAGGAUUAGGUUAGCUGUAUGUAAAGAGUUAGAAAGGAACACUGAUAGAUAUCAGAGUUUUUUGAGGAGUGAGUACUCCUCUGUGUUAGAGUAUAUUGAGCAGUCCAGGAUGAGGCGUGUCGGUAGUUGGGCCACAGAGGUAGAGAUUCAGGCGACAGCUGAUUGGUUAGGCGUUAGUGUGUUUACGUUCCAUGAUGGACGUUGGAUAAAGUAUAGCUGUAGCAGUAAGCAUUUGUCAGCGGAGUGUAUUUACAUAGACAAUGUCAUGGGACGGCAUUUUGAGAAUGUUGUUUGCGUGUGUAAGCCUGGACUGCAUAGUUGUUACGGGUACUGUAAACUUAGGGAAGUGUCGGGUUACAACGUAAGAUCUAGAAUGAUGGAUGUUGCAGACAACACAGCGGUUAGGUGUAGUGAUGUAGUUGGUUCUGUUGUAGGUGUACAGGAUAGUGUCAAGGUUGUGGAGGCUGCUAGGGAGCUAGUGUCAGGUAGAAUGUCAGGGAAGUCAAAGUAUCUGAGGCAGAAACAGAAGAAGCAGGAGAAGUUCAAUUUGCCGCUUAGGGAGAAACGUCAGGUCAGGAUAGAGGUCAGGGUGAAAUUGGUGAUCUAGUGGAAUCAGCAGACAUAGGACAGGAUGAACUGCUACAUGACAGACAACAGCACUGCAUGUUUCAGGACACUUGUCUUAUGCCUGUUGAUAUUGGUCA